CAAUCGAAAGAUUUGGGGAUUUCGGUUAUGAACUUCACGCUGCGUUUCAAGGCCGACAUGGCGAGGAAGAUACAUGCACAACAUCCGAUCGCUUUCAACACGUAUCAUCCGAAAAAAUUGGAUGUUUUGGGGUUCGACGGUCGAUGUACCACAACCCGAGGAUCCGGAACGUUGGCUCAUCCAGCUUAUGUUUUUCUGGAAGCCGGGGAAUGAGAAUCUGAGUGAUCAAGCGUCUCGUACCGCAUUUCUCAGAUUUAAAGCGGAAGAGUAUGUCGAGCCGUGGCGAAGUAUUUUGAAUGCUAUCCCGGAUGAUGCAUGUUUUGGCAUCGAUCAUAUUCAUGAGUGGGAGCCAUUCGAUUGGUCUUCAUCGCCGCUCGCGGACCGAGUCACGUUGGCGGGUGGUGCAGCUCAUAAUAUGGCGCCUCACCGAGGUCAGGGCUUGAACGUCGGUCUCCAAGAUGCUGCCGUAUUGGGCGAGUUGCUUUCGACUGCAAAGCCCACACCCGAAAAGUCUGCGUGCAGUUUUGAGAGCGUACGAGGCAGGAAUGGUUCCGCGAAGGAGCCGCGAAGUGCAAAUCUCUGCUAAAGCGGCAUCGCUGGCGCACAAUUUCGAAAUGUUGAAAGAUGCGCUGUUGGCCAGAUUUGGGGUGCGAAAGGUC